AUGGGAUUGUGGUCACUUCUAGAAGGCUUUCUUCUUCUUGCAAAUGCUCUGGGCAUAAUAAAUGAAGAUCAUUUCCUUGCCCCUAGGGGAUGGAGCUUCCAGGAGUAUUCUGGAAUUAAGAGAAACUCAUUCAAGGGGCAAAUACUUGGUCUUAUUUACGCAACUCAGUACUUACGAGUGCCUCUUAUACUUCUCAAUUUGCUCUACAUUAUUGUGAAAAUGGUGUCAGGGUGA